GGUUGAUCACGUUUUUUUACCAAACCAAGAUGAUUAGUUCGAUUUAUCAGUCAAACCCGUUCUUGCAUCCAAUCAAAUCGCGAGUGCGUAAUCUACAAAAACACUCGCGCGUAAUUAAACAUAAACACCCAUCUUUUUCUCCAAGUUUUUCCUGGAUCAACUAAUCUAUUCAUCUCCUAGAAUUUCUCUGUAAAUCCUAAAGAAGAAAAAAAAAAAGAAAAGAAGACUCUAAUUCUCCAAUGGAUCGAGCUUUUCAAAGAACCAAAAUCCUAGCCAAUCACCUAUUCCAAUCCCGUCCUUCGCCGCCCGCCCAAACCCCUUCUCUCUGUUCAAACGCCUGUUUAAACUACUCUCCCCCGGAACUUUCCGAAAAUUACGCAUUUGACAUCAAGGAGAUGCGGAAGCUAAUCGACGGCCACCACGUGGAGGAACGGGAUUGGCUGUUCGGGUUGAUGAGGCAGAGCAAGUUGUUCAACCCGAGAGUGAGGGGAGGGAGGGUGUUUAUGUCGGCCGACUAUAAUCAGUCGAUGGAGCAGCAGCGGGAGAUGACGUGGAAGCGCAUCAUGUAUUUACUGGAGAGAGGAGUGUUCAAAGGAUGGUUAACUGAGAAAGAAGAAGAGGUUGAGAUGAGGAGGUUCGCUUGCUUUGAGGUUCUGUGUAUCUUUGAUCAUUCCAUCGCGAUUAAGCUCGGAGUUCAGUUCUUCUUGUGGGGUGGUGCCAUCCAGUUUUUGGGUACAAAGCACCACCAUGACAAGUGGCUGAGGGACACUGAGAAUUUAUUUUUCAAGGGUUGCUUUGCAAUGACUGAGUUGGGGCAUGGAAGUAAUGUUCGUGGCGUUGAAACAGUAACAACAUAUGAUUCAAACACAGGGGAGUUUGUCAUUAAUACUCCUUGUGAAUCAGCUCAGAAGUAUUGGAUUGGUGGGGCAGCCAAGCAUGCAACACACACAAUUGUGUUUUCACAGCUGAAUAUCAAUGGAACCAAUCAAGGGGUUCAUGCCUUUAUAGCGCAAAUCAGGGAUGCUGAUGGUAACGUAUGUCCAAACAUUCGCAUUGCUGACUGUGGUCAUAAAAUUGGUUUAAAUGGUGUUGAUAACGGUCGAAUCUGGUUUGACAAUGUUCGAGUGCCCAGAGAGAACUUGUUAAAUUCAGUUGCUGACGUUUCACCUGAUGGAAUAUAUCUAAGUUCAAUAAAUGAUCCAGAUCAGAGAUUUGGUGCAUUCCUGGCCCCUCUCACAGCAGGUCGUGUUAAUAUUGCACUUAUUGCAGUUUACCAAUCAAAGGUUGGUUUAGCUAUUGCCAUUAGGUAUGCGCUAACAAGGCGGGCAUUUUCUCUCAAACCAAAUGAACCUGAGGUCUUAUUGCUUGAUUACCCAAGUCAUCAACGACGACUCUUGCCUCUCCUUGCGAAGACCUAUGCUAUGAGUUUUGCAGGAAAUUACUUGAAAUUGUUGUUUGUGAGGAGAAAAUCUCAGUCAAAUAAAACCAUUCAUGUAGUUUCAAGUUCAUUCAAAGCUACUUUUACUUGGAAUAACAUGCAAAUACUGCAGGAAUGUCGUGAAGCUUGUGGAGGACAGGGACUAAAGACUGAGAACCGUAUUGGCCAUUUGAAAGGUGAAUAUGAUGUGCAAUCCACUUUUGAGGGGGACAAUAAUAUUUUGAUGCAGCAGGUCAGCAAGGCUCUUCUUGCUGAAUAUGUAGCAGCUCAGAAGAGAAACAAGGUUUUCAAGGGUCUGGGUUUAGAACACAUGAACAAACCCUGCCCCUUGAUUCCAUCACAGCUUACUAGCACUACCCUCAGAUGCAGCCAAUUCCAGAUGGAUGCCCUGCGUUUAAGGGAGAGAGAUCUUUUGAAUCGAUUUGUUGCGGAUGUCUCACAAUGUCAAGCCAAGCACGCCUUCCUUAUGAGUUAUCAGCUAGCAGAGGACUUGGGCAAAGCUUUCUCAGAACGAUCAAUAUUUCAAACAUUUGUUGAGGCAGAAGCAACUCUAGCUGCUGGUUCAUUGAAGGAUGUUCUAGGUAUGUUGAGAUCGUUGUAUGCCUUAAUUUGUCUCGAAGAUGUUGCAUUUCUCCGAUAUGGGUACCUAUCAAUGGACAACGCUGCUACUGUGAGGAGAGAAAUAACAAAAAUCUGCAGUGAACUUCGACCACAUGCGCUGGCUUUAGUGAGUUCCUUUGGCAUUCCUGAUGCUUUUCUGAGCCCCAUAGCUUUCAACUGGAUUGAUGCAAACUCUUGGUCUUCGGUUCAGCACUAAUAGGAAGUUAACCUACCAAUUUCUGUUAACUAGAAGGUCUACUCUUGGGUAUCCACUCUUUACCCCGAAACCAACUGUCUUUGAAACCGUCUUUGAACGGUUUAUUAUUGUAAUAAUCUAGCUUGCGAUAAUGCAAUGCAUGAAUCAAUUUCGACUAUUUUAAUUUCUAUUUAGGGCUUCAAUAUAAUUUAUGUAUUGCUUAAUAAAAACUUGUCUUAUAUAUU